AUGUCAUCUAUUCCAAUCCAUCAAACAUUUUACUCUCUUGGAAAACAAUACAUGGUGCUCAACAAUUAUUUAUCAGCUCGAAUUUAUUUUUUAUUAGCAGCAAGUUAUACAAAUUAUAAGAACAUUGAGAUAAUAACAAGUUUAUGUGAUUCGAUGUUAAAACUUAAUCAGAAAAGUCAAUCCCAAUUAUUAAUUCUUAAAUUAUUUGGUGUUUCUCAUUUAAAAUAUUUAAACACACCUUUUCCUUCAUUAACAUCAUAUCAAUUAUUUAUUAUUACUAAAUGUUUUGAAGAUGAUUUAGACUCAUUAGAAAUUAUUUCUCAAAUGACAAGUACUCCAAGUCCAUUAAAUUUAUUACAACCUACUGAAAUUAUGCAAACUGCAAACAUUUCAUUUAGAGUUAUUUAUUGUCAGAAUAAUACAUCACUAAUAACAAAUUAUUUAAAUAAUGCAAUUGAAGAUUCAUUAAAUAUUGGAUUAAUACAUAUUUUUUUUAAACAAAAAUUAGAAAUUUCAUUAGUCCCUCAAUCAUUAAAGAAAAUGAUCAACAGUUGUUCUCUUCCAGAAAUACGUGAGUUAUAUGAAUUAUUAUUUUCAUUAUUAACUCGUAAUGAUGUUGAUUUCAUUCAAAGGAUUUUAUUAAUGAAACAAACUAAUGCAUUACUUGAAAAUUCUCAAUUAGUUCAAUUAAUGGAAACAUUGUUUUCUUUUAAUAAAAGAAAAUAUGAAGAUGCUUUAGGACAUUUAGAAAAUUGUUGGUGUUUUAAUACUGAAGUCAUACAUGCGUCAAUUGAUUUUCAUCUUAAUAACACAAUCAAUUAUAAUUUUGAAAGUCUUAAUGAAGAUAAUGAAUUAACAAAAUAUAAAAUGGGACUUAGAAUGAUUCAAUUAAAAAAAUUAGAUAAAGCCAUUGAAAUAUUAAAAGAUAGCAAAGAGGUUGAAAGUAUUAUUGCGUGUGGCUAUGUUUACAGUUUACAAAAAGAAUAUCAAAACUCUAUUAAAUAUUUAAAUCAAGCAUCAGCGUUUGUUCCAUUUUGUUUCGAAUUGAAAUUAGUUAUUAUUCAACAAUUAAUUUGUUGUAAUAAUCUUUCUAUAGCUGAAGAAGAAUUAAAUAAAUUUAUCGGUAUUGUUUCAACUUGGGAACUGUUUUGCACAAUUGGUCAAUUAAGAUUUACCCAACACCGUUAUGAAGAUGCUUUAAAAGCCUACAACACAUCUUUAGAAAAACUUGGUAAUGAUCCUUCUAAUUAUUUAACUAAAAUUAUCUAUGGAAAUAUUGCACAGUGUUGGAGAAAGAUGAAUAAUUUUGAUGCUGCUAUUGAAGCAUUUAAUAAAAGUCUUGGGUUUAAUGAUUUUGUUGCACUAUCUGGAAUAGGGUGGUGUUUCUACAUGAGUAAAAAUUAUGUUGAAUCACUAAAGUAUUUCCAAAGAGCAUUAAGUUUUAAAGAAGACCCUUUAUGUAGGAAAUUUAUUGAAAUGAUCUCAAAUCAGUGA